AGUUCUUUUAAACGGAUCGUUCACUCACGAGCCAACACUCGCAGUGAGCACCAGUGAGCUAUAAUUUGAACUCUUGCCACACAUAUUAUCCAUGGACAAAUCAGUAAAAUUAGUACGUUGUAGUAUUUGAAAGUAACGUGAGUGCUAAUUUAAGGCAUGACGAACGGGAAGAAGCAGAAGGGUUCGGACACAGCGGUGCAAGGGACCAAUGACAGCAGCGUGGUGAGCAAAGUGUCUGCUGCAGCCCAGGGCUACUUCCACGAUUGCUUUCAGCAGCACUUCGUGUGCAAAGUGGCGAGGAGAUCGCCACUCAUCAACAGGGGUUACUAUGUGCGCUGGAGGGCAGUGGACCACUGUGUGCGGACCUUCCUGCAAGUCACACAACAUUGUGCCAAGAGACAAAUUUUGUCUUUGGGCGCCGGCUUCGACUCGCUAUAUUUCCGCCUGUACGGAGACGCGGCACUCAACAAGGCAGUCGUGUUUGAAGUAGAUUUCCCAGACGUGACUCGGCGUAAGGCGGCUCUGAUCCAGUCCAAUGUGUCGUUGUCGCAAAUGUUGGACUCCCACCAUGUACUUUCUUUGAUAGGGCCUUUGUACGUGUCGAGCAGUCAGUACGUCCUGCUAGGAGUGGAUGUGAGACAUGAUUCCCAUGUAGAAGAAACUCUGGUAAAGGCGGGACUGGACCCGACUGCUCCUACUCUGAUUCUUUCCGAAGUGGUGCUCACCUACAUGGAAACACAACGGUCCGAUGACAUCAUUAGUUGGGCGGCGCGGCUCUUGCCCCAGUCUCUUUUUGUGAUGUACGAGCAGAUCCAUCCCCAAGAUCCAUUUGGUCGCAUCAUGCAGGAGCAUUUCCUGAAACUGAAUUCCACUCUGCACGCGCUUCGACAAUAUCCCGACACUGACGCACAAAAGCGGAGAUUUCUUGACAAGGGAUGGGAGCAGUGUGUGUGUUUGGAUAUGAACGAGUUCUUCCUCAGGCUAAUUCCAGAUGAUGAGAGACACCGAGUGGAAAGUUUGGAACCUUUUGAUGAGUACGAGGAAUGGCACCAGAAAUGCUCGCACUACUUCAUCCUCACCGCAUCUCGAGGUUCUCUCACAGCGCAGUCUCUGCUAGUCCAUCCUGCAGUGCUAUUCCAGUGUCCAUCUUGGAGCGCCACUGACCUCACUGUGAAAAUGGAACCAGUUUGCGUGGAGGGUUUCGGGAUGGCCUCAACGUUGUUGAUUGGAGGACACAUCCUGCUUACCGGAGGCUCCUGCAGGACCGGCCGAGGGGCUCAGAGUCAAGUCCUGCACCGGGGCCCUGAAGGAUGGAAAUCCUUCCAUGUCAAACCAUCAACCCAUUCGAGUGUUCGCCUCUACCAUAGUGUUACUUCUAUUUCUGGGAGAGUCGCUGUAAUGUACGGAGGGCGCGCUUCUCCCGUCAACCCGAUCGGAGGCCUUGUCAAAGUCAACUUCAAAUAUGAAAGUUCACCAGGUACUGAGGAUGGACUUGAAGUCCAUGAGGAGCAGAUGACGUGUACAGGUGCUCAUCCACCGCCUAGAUGGAGACACUCUGCCACUCUAGUCUCUCAUAAAGGGAAAAACUUCUUGUUUAUCUUUGGUGGAAAAAAUGAGUCCGCAACAGUUUUGGGUGAUGGCUAUUUCCUGAAUCUGGAUCAGCAACAUUGGACUGAGGUGGCAGUAGAAGGUGCUGCACCAGAGGCCCGGCAUUCCCAUUCAGCAUGUUCCUACCAGGGAGGGCUGGUCCUGUUCGGAGGGCACGGAAAAAGGGGAGAGCCGCUCGGGGACAUCGUGGUGAUGAAGCCAAAUGAGAGAGGCUUCUGCUGGGAGACGAUAGAUGUUCAGCCCCCUCCUUGUCCCAGAUAUUCGCAUGGUGCCCAUGUGAUUGGCGAUCGCCUGAUUGUGGUGGGCGGAGUCUGGCUGCAUUCAGACAGCGUGCCAGGAGUGGCCGUGAUCGACCUUUCCAGGCGCUGCAGCACCGAAUUCCGUCUGCUCACGUCAUCGGUGCCUCGGCCUCUCAUGUUGCACUCCUUCUGCUCUGAGUUGGUGGUCCAAAAAGAAGCUCAGCUGAUCCUGAUUGGUGGAGGAGGGAACUGUUUCUCCUUUGGGACACAUUUUAACCCUCAACUUGUCAGCGUGGACCUCGGCCCGGCACUGAUGGGAACUUAACAAACUUUAAGGAGCUGAGGCGGUCGUUGAGGCCCAUCCAGCGCUGGUACUCGGGGUACUCGCCUCGGGUCAGGACGUAUUGGUAACCCAGGUAGUUGGGCCGCUCGUACACCACCCAAGCGCCGCUCUCCACGCGGAUGGAGUUGCAGCGACUCAAGUAGGUGUGGAAGUCGGAGCAGUCGCUGUCACACUCGUACCGGUGACCCUGGAAGUUCUUGUCCUCGUAGAAGACGAUCUGCGGGACGGGAGAGUAUGUAAGACAGAAUUCCAUCUUUAAUGGAAAUGGAUCCCAUGCCAGUUAUGGGAACCACUGCACUGCCAGUGGCAUCUUUAAAACCAGCUGACUUGGUGAUUUGCCGCCUCCAGUCAAGAAUGACGUUUGGAUUUGGAGGAAUUAAAUCCCAAGGCCCAGUUGGAAAACUCGACGUAAACGGCCAAGGUCUUUGCCUAAACUCACCCUGCCCAUCUUGGAGUAGUGCAGCCUCUGUGAUGCGAAAGUGGCGGCAAUGGUUGGUGUUUGCCCUGAGGUCUCGAUGUUGCACUCAAACCUCGAGCUCUCCCUUUUAUAGCCAGUCCUGCCGCAUUGGGGAGCGCCAACAGUGGGAGGCAAACAGAGGAACAAUCGCUUUGUCAUGAAAAUGAGAUCCAAAAAUCGAGUCAGUGAUUCUAGCACUAUUCAGAUUUUCCAGAAAAGCGAGGAAGGAUUACGGCAUAAAGAAUGCCGGGCAUGGUAAGCGUCCAAUGACCCCACUUACCCACCAACCACAUCCAGCGCCUGCCCUCCCAACACCAUAUCGCACGUGCCAGCUGGGUUGCCCCCACCUGGCAAGGGAGGAGCUGCCAACUCAGGACUUAUUUCUGCCUUGUGGAUGCAUCCAGUUACUGUCGUAGCAUCAUUUAUUUGCACAAUAUAUUUGAUAAAUCAUUCAAAUUGGUGUGUAUCAUUACAAAUUUGAAAAUAGCACAAGACUCAUACAUAGAAGUGAACAUCUUUAUUUUUUUUAUGACAAUAUAAUAGAUGUUUAAAAGCACAGAAGAGUGUGACAGCAGCAUUCAUUCAUUGUUUUACCUCCAAUGACAGGUUUUUUUUUUUUGAAUGCCUUACUAUGUACAGAGGAAGCUAACCUUGAGAUUGAAGGUAUGAAGUGCAAACAAUGUCUUUAGAAUGAAUAAAAUAACACAAAAAUAUAA